UUUUACGGCCCGCAAAACCAUAAAACCGCGUUUCCUCGGGCGCGACGCUCGCGAAUUCGCUACUCUCAUCCGUCGACGUCCGCGCCGACAUGCCCGUGCGCGCGCAUUUCGUGACGACGUUCGCCGGGUCGUCGUCGUAUCGCCGCGCCGCGCGAUAGCGGUGAAAAUCAUUGCUGCCGUCCGUCGCCACCGGGAAAAACCACCGAAUGGAGCGCAUCAUCUCCAUGGUCCGCACAGGUUAUUACACGGAUCUGAUUGCACGGAUCUAGAGGAUCGGCAAUAUGUCAUCCACCGCACCUGAAGAUAGACCCUUCAUAUUCCGAGUUAAUGAGAACGGCACUGGCCCGGCCCUAAUCAAACAGGUGUGUCAAGAACGUGGUUGGAAGGAAUACGAAGGCACGAAGAACGGCGACUCUACGUGGUCUGCGUGGUCGGUGCCCGCGGACGAAUAUUGGAACUUGUGGUGGAAAUCAGCCGGAUUCUCAUUGUCGCACUAUAAACAUCAGAAAAUAUGGCAGUUUAGCAACCACAUACCUAGUGGAUCAACAUUGUGUCGGAAAGAUAACUUGUGGCGAUAUUUGAAACGCAUGAAGAAUAUUUUCGGCUCAUCACUCUUCGAUUUCAGUCCAGACUCAUACAACCUACCACUUGAGUAUACAAAACUGGCAGCCGAAUGUAGUCACGAUUCUGACAUCGGCGAAAAGUCAAUUUGGAUAUGCAAACCUGUCGGCAAAAGUCAAGGAAAAGGCAUAUCUUUGAUUUCGCAAAUUGGUGAGUUGGUCUACGAUACCAACAUCGUAGUACAGAAGUACGUGAAAAAUCCGAUGCUGAUUGGCGGGUACAAAUACGACCUACGGCUGUACGUUCUAGUGCCGUCGUUCCAUCCGCUCACCAUAUACAUGUACAGGGAAGGUCUAACCCGGUUCAGCACUGACAAGUAUUCACUGAACAACCUAGACAAUCUAUUUGCACACCUGACCAACAGUUCGAUCAACAAGCUAGGCCCAAACUAUUCGGAGACCAAAGAAAAAAUAGGAUUGGGGUGCAAGUGGACACUCCAACAACUCCGACAAUACAUCCGUCAAUCCGGCAUAAACGAUUGGCUGCUGUGGCAAAAGAUAUCCGUACUUGUCUGUCUCACAUUGGCCAGUCAAUGUACAAGCAAAGGUAUACCGAACACGUCCAAUUGUUUCGAGCUUUAUGGUUUUGACGUACUCGUCGAUUCCGAUCUCAAACCCUGGCUGCUAGAGGUAAACCUGAGUCCGGCACUCGGGAACGAUUGCGACGUGGACAACCAGGUGAAAAGGCCGCUGUUGCACGACAUGUUCGACUUGCUCGGGCUACCGAUGUGCAAUACGGGUCUGUCGCUGUUCCGCAUGGCGUGCCGGUCGGCGUCGGGCCCGAGGUUCGGCGACGGUGGUCGACCGUCGGCCCUGGCCGCCGCGGCCACGGAAAAGUGGAAGUCCAAACGGAAGACGAACAUCAACAACAACGACAGCAAUACCAGUAACCACAACAACAACAACAACAAAAACUACGACGCACUGAUGACGUCAGCGCCGCAGCAACCGUCAGCGCCGCGUCAACCGUCGUCCCUGCAGUACGGUGCUGGCAAGCAGCGCGGCGCGAACGUGCAGCUGUCGUCCGCGGACACGUGCGGCUCGCCGGUGUGGGGCAACGGCCAGGACUGGCGCAGGCCGGUGGACGCGGAGGGCGACUGGGUCCGGGUGUACCCGUUCGUGCCGGCCGCGGAGUUCGCGGCGCAUUCGCCGAGACCGCGAACCGGAUCGCGGCCGCCGUCGCAGCAGUUCACCGCCGGGCCCGGGUUCCCCUCGUCCGCGGCGGCCAACGAGAGCAACGCGGCCCGGGCCACGAUCAAGAACAUCCAGGAGUACCUGAGGUGCUGCAAAAAGGUGGCCAGGUCGUGCGAGGGCCUGACCGCGGCCGUGGCCGACGGCGAGCUCAACGACAAGCUGAAGGACCUGUUCCCGGGCGCGACCAAACCGUGGCUGCCGCCCAACUGAAAGACUAUACGGGCGCGCGGACACGCUCGCGCUACCUUAAGACGUGUGAACGUAUUAUUACGCGCACAUGCACGCACGCACGCGAAUUCGCACGCACGCGCACCGAUUGCUUUUCGGUUCCGUGACAACGCACUCGUGAUGUUACGCUUUCCGUUUUAUUAUGUUUGUCUUCUCCUCUUCUCCCGGUACACAUAUAAUAUAAUAUUUAACGAACACUUUAUUGCAAUACCGUUGUUCGAUGUUUAUUCCGUUCUGUACAGAACCGUUGUUAUGUUUUUUUUUUUUUUUUUUUUUUUUUUUAUAGAUUUACGGACAUUAUUCAUAAUAUUCUAUCAUCUCACGGACGUGUAUUUAUAUGUCGUUUUCGAUGGUAAUAUAUAUGUCUCUCGUGUAGCGAGCGAGCGAACCGGAAAAAGUUUUUUCGCCAAUAUUGUUAUUUGAAAAUUCGACACUGCCUUUGUCGUUAGUGUUUUGAAUAGGUACUUAUGAAGUUAUGUGUUCGCUUUACUACGUACGAGUCUGAAAUAUUAUACUAUUACUAUAUUUUUGUUGUUACGAGAAAUAUACGAUUAUUUUUGAGAACGGCUUGCUCAAUCGUAAUAAA